UACAAGAAAUUUAUUCUGUAAUUAUAAUAGAACUUAGUGCAAUGUGUGGCUGUGGCUAUGUGAUAAGUAUAUUUACCACUAAAUAAGAAGUUUAAUAGGCGAGGCUAAGCAGAGUUUGUAAGCGUGUUUCUCAAACUUGAUUCUGAAAAUCUUUUUCCACCAGUAACAAUUGCUUGUAAAGAAAAAUAUCGCGAGGGAACAGGUGUGUCGUAGUUUCGAAAACCCACCAUAGAACCUAUACAGAAUGGAAGGAAUCAUAAUAUUAGUUACCCUACUCUGCAUAUCACUGACAUCAGGACUAUGGCAGGAAUCGGUACGAAGCCGUGUACUAAGUGAAAUCAACAGUAUUAGAGCUGGUCACAUGCUUAGGGAGGGGAAUGAAACAUCGCAAGAAGUUAAACGGCAUUGUGUUUGUUCAAAAAUAUACGACCCAGUAUGUGCAUCAAAUAACAAGUCGUACUAUAACAUAUGUCAUAUGGAGUGUGAGAACGAGCCUAAUACUGUAUUUGUCGUACACCAAGGGAACUGCAUACCAUUCUAAAAGAUAAACAUUUGUAGCAAGAAAUAA